ACGAAGCCGACUUCUGUUAGGGGGUGUUGGAACUUAAACAAGUUAUCAGAAUGUCGGAAUGUAUACAGUUUUAGGUUUGUUUGUUUAUAUAAUUUGACGAAGUAUAUUGUAUGUACUAGAAUGAAAAAGACAUUUUCACUCUCCGUAUAAAAUGUAAAUUAGAAUUAGCCUGUUUCUUCAAACUUUCACUCAAUGGCCGAGUAAAUCUACAGUAAUGUUACUUUCUACAGUCAUAAUUUUAUGGAAGUCUGAGAGGAAAUUAUUCAUUUCUUCUAAAAUUACAUAAAGAAGAUUUUCAAUGUGUGUUUCUCUGAAAUUUUAUUUAAAUAUGAUGAGGUGACUUUAAAUGUGAUGUACAUUAUGCCUUCUGAGGCAAUUCAGACUGUAUUACCUUGGUUUAUAUCCAUUUCCAUUUUGACUACUUUGGUUGUUUUAAUAAUUUUAUGUGCAUGUAAAAAGAGAAAGGAAAGUAAUUCACAUGCAAUAAAUGAACGUGCUUUACCUGAUAUUCCCAUUCAUGACUUGAAUAGGGAAGUUACAGGUAAUGAGAAUAAUAUUACAUCUGUUGAAAAUGCAAGUUAUUAUGCCCCUGUUACUAAAGCAGUUCGACCAAAAGCACACAAUCCAAACAAACCUCAUGCUCCAUCUCCUCCUGUGGCAGCAAAUGCCUCCCAGUCAAGCAAAGUAUCAUCAUCUCCAACUAAUUCUAUUCCUAACUCAUCAAACAAUGCAUCUAUUGAGUACAGUUCUCCUAACAUAUCACAUAUGUAUGCAGAAGUUCAAAGGCAUCCUAAAAAUCCAUAUGAGAAGUUAAAAGGUCAGUCAGAUUCAGAUCAUGAUACUGAUGAAUAUGAUGAUCCAGAUAAAUUUCGAAGGAACAGAAAACAAUGGCCAAAUUUUCAGUCUGAUUUAUAUGAACCACCUCCAGUUCCAGAAAAGCAAAAUAUUUAUGAUGAUGAUUUGGCAUCUAUUCCUGAAAUAUCUCAUAAUCAAGAACAAAAUGAAGAUUUAUCAAAUACAAUAGCUGGCCAAGCAGUNUGCAAUGAUACACCAACAACUGCUGUAAAUCAUCGGAUGGAGGUGUUAGGCAUUAAUGAUUUACACCAGGCAUUACAGCAUGAGUGGCUGCGACUGUGCGACAUCUAG